AUGUAUAAACUAUUUGCAUUCCUUGUUGUGGCCUCGCUAGCUAGUGCGAAUGCGGGCCUCAGAUUCAGGCGCCAAUCUAAUGACGGAGCGGAUCAGGCACAGCCAGUUUCGCCGGGUUCGACCACAGCGGCUGCGCCAAGUACGAUUUCUGAGGCAGACUUACAGCAAUGCAUACGAGAUUGCCCGGUAACAGCGGAGUACAAUCCUGUUUGUGGAACUAAUAGAGUCACUUACCCCAACCCUGGGAGACUUUUAUGCGCCCAGGCGUGUGGCGUCAGUGUCAAUCUACUUAGAACCUCUCCUUGUCCUGCAAAC